AUGGAUCGGAUGACUGAGAAAAGUAAUGAAUUUUAUGGUAAACAAAAGUGGAAUGGACCAAAUAAAGAGAAUGGAUUUGGACAAUUUAAAAAAGCCAAUACAGGAUCAGGAUCCAGAAAACCAAAUAAAAUUAUUCCUCAAUGCCCUAAAUGCAACAAGGUGCAUAGCGGAGAGUGCUUAUUUGGGAAAAAUGUGUGCUAUCGAUGUGGCCAAGAAGGAAAUUUUGCCCCAGAUUGCAAGGCAUACCCACGUAAAAAAGAUCUUGAGCAAGGGAAGAAAGUGAGAGCCAAAGUUUUUGCUUUAACUCGGGAAGAAGCAAAGGAUGAUUCGAAUGUAAUGGUAGGCAUUCUAUUAAUAUCUGAACUACCUGCAUAUGUUUUUAUAGACUCAGGAGCUACUCGCUCAUUUGUUUCUACCACUUUUAUUGCUAAAUCAUGUGCUGCAUAUGAGAAAAUCGAUAGUGUUCUAGAAAUUUUCAUCCCAUCCGGUAGAAUUAUGAACACUAAUCAGAUCGGUAGGGCAGUGAAGUUAGAAAUGAACGGAAAAGAAUUAAAGGUUGAUCUAUACCUCCUAGACAUAAAAGACUUCGACGUCAUUCUAGGAAUGGAUUGGUUGGAAAGCAACCAUUCGAUGUUUUGA